AAGCAUACGCCAAUUGGGAGGAGAUUUGCUAUCUGUAGGGAUGUUGUAGGAUCUCACAGAUCCACCUGAGGAUCCCCCAGAAUUCCCAGGAAUGUCUCCACCUUAAGCUGGCAACCCUGCUCUGAAGCAAGCCAAGCCACGCGGCACCUGUGGCAUUCCAAGCCAACACUUCAGGGCCAUCUCACUCCAUGGUGUCAGCAAUGGGCAGCCGUGCAGGAGGAACAGCUGGUUGCCAAUCUCCAGGGUGACAUCAACUGGAAAUUCCGUUGCUUUUUCUUGCUCAAUCCCUUCCAGCUGUGAUAUAAAGGAGGCCAGGAUGCCUGGAGCAGCUAUCAUUCAUCAGCACAGCCUCCAAGAGAACCUGGUUCCAGUCCAGCUCCUGCUGUUCCACUCCACCCACCAUGAACAUGAACGUCAACGCAAGUGCCUGCGCACUGGUACUCAUGCUUCUUCUCGCUCUGGGCUCCCAGACCUUCUCCGCUCCAGUGGGAGCUGAUCCUCCAACGUCCUGCUGCUUCAGCUACACGACAAAGAAAAUCCCACGCAAUUUGCUGACGUCGUACUAUGAAACCAGCAGCAGGUGUUCUCAGCCAGCUGUGGUGUUCAUUACAAAGAAAGGUCGGGAGAUCUGUGCCAACCCCAAGGAGGGAUGGGUCCAAGAUCACGUGACUUUCUUGGAACUCAACUGAGCAGAGCUGGAAUAGAAUCAUUUCCUGUUGGAGCCAAAGGCCAUCGUGCUCCCCCAUGAUAUCCUGUCAAGUCAAACAAAAAAUAUUACCUUUGAGUCUUCAUUGCCAUUUUCCGUUGUGUGUAUGUGGGGGGGGGGGGGCGGUAUAGUUACAUAUUGACCAACUCAGGGAUUUGUGAUGAUAAUUUAAGUUGUUUUGCCCAAGCUGAGGCUAUUAUUCCUGUUAAUUAUUUUAUUUAUAAGUGAGCAGCCUUUUAAAUAUAUUUUUGUAUGUAUUUAUAUGUGUGUGUGUGUUUUGUAAAAUGUAAAAAAAAUAGAAAAUAGGAUUCUCCACAAUAAAUAUAUAUAUAUUUUUACAAUA